AAAAAUUAAUUGAAAACAAAAAUGGAUGCGCGUGCAUUUUAUUUAUGAUGUUUGAUAAGAGUUUUGAAUAAUUAAUCUUCCAAUAAUUUAUGAUUAUUUGAUGCAAAUUGAAUGAUUUUUUGUCGCAAUAACUAUUAAUUGCGGGAACAAUUAAUAAACGUGCAAUUCGAAUGCAAACACGAUCAAAUGAACGCUUGACAACCUGAGUUAAUGAGAUUAUUAUGCAUUUAACCCUUGACAACAAAGACAUGGCAACCUCCAACGUCGCAUAUUCGCUUAAUCAAGAGUCACUUGUGAACCAAAAUGAUACUAAUAAAUCUAAUUCUAUAUCCAGUCUGAAUUCUGGAAACAAUCACUCGAAUGUUGAACAUUUUGACGAUACCUAUGUGAAAAGAUUUCACGACAAUGUCGGAUAUAGUUUUCUUAUUCCUCCGCUACAGGGUAAUCAAGAUGAUUCUCUAACUGGCGUGAGCUUAGAAGCAAUUUCAAAAGUGAUGGGUACAAACUGCAGCGUUACUACAAUACCGGAAAGCCAGUUUCAUAUGAUAGUUAAAAUGAACCCUAACCUUUUAGACGAGCAUCCGUAUCAAACAACUUACGUCUUACAAGAAGACAUUAGCAAUAUACCGAUACACGAUAUACAAAUACCUGCGACUUAUUCGCCCAAAUCCAGCGAUCCAUUGAAAGACGAUUUCAAGCCGACAGAAAAACUACAGAACAAUAAACCGUUGCCUUUAAUCGAUAUGCUUCCCAAUUGUUCCGAUUUACCACCUCAUGUUCACUUGAACGGUCAUCAUCAUAACAACAACGUAUCAAACGAGCCUCGUAAUCAAAGUACGGACGGACGAACAAACGAAUUACAGUGUCACGAAUGUGGCAAACAUUUCGCCAAUAAGCAUAAUUUAAAAGUACACAUGUACAUUCACACUGGCGAAAAAAGAGAAAAAUCGUAUUGUCCAACUUGUAAAAAAGGAUUCGUGAAACCUUGCGAUUUACGCCGUCAUAUGGUCAUACAUUCCGGUAUAAAACCGUUCGAUUGUAAAGAAUGCGGUAUGACUUUUGCGAACCCAUCAACGUUGAAGCAGCACGCUCGUACUCAUUCGGAUAAAAAAAACCACAAUUGCGCCCAAUGCGGUAAACUAUUCACUUCGAAUUACUCUCUGCAACGGCAUUUGAUUAGUCAUCGAAAUACACCGUUGUUCAAAUGUGACAAAUGCGACGCUACUUUGAAUUCGAAAUACGAUUUGAAAAUACACACGAUGAAACAUAACGGAGCUUUACCGUAUCCUUGCUCGGUGUGUAGUAAAAGUUUCGGCAAACCGUCGGAUUUGAGUCGACAUUUCGUCGUUCAUACCGGAGAACGGCCGUUUCAGUGUAAUUUAUGCGAUAGCACGUUCACCAAUUCUAGUAACCUGCGUAUGCAUCUAAUAACUCAUUGUAAAGUGAAACCUCAUCCUUGUAACAUGUGCGAUAAAUCGUUCCGUCGACCUAGCGAUCUUGAAAGACAUCGUUUAACUCAUACCGGCGAACGUCCGUUCAUUUGUCGUAUUUGUAAAAUGGCAUUCACGACGAAUUAUAAUUUGAAAAUCCACGUUCUCAAACACACCGGUGGUCUUCCAUAUCCUUGUACGUUGUGUGACAAAUCAUUCAGUAAACCUUCCGAAUUACAACGCCAUACCUUAGUGCACUCUGGCGAACGACCGUUCCGCUGCGAUCAGUGUUCGAUGAGCUUUACAAACGCUAGCAACCUAAAAUCACACGGAUUGACGCACAGUGGUAAAAAACCGUACGCUUGUAAAGCCUGCGGUAAAACAUUCAGCAGACCUUCGGACGUAAAACGUCAUCUUCUAACGCACAUGGGAGCUAGACCUUUCGCCUGCUCCGUAUGCGGUAUGGCAUUCUCCGAUUCAUCCAAUCUGAAAAAACAUGCUCUCGCUCACGCUAAAGGCAAUACCGAAAAAGACGAGAAAGAUGGCAAUUUAACAUUCCUGAAUCAUUGUAACGCUUGUUCGACUGUAUUUACUUCCGUUGAAGAAGUGCAAAGACACAUGUUGAAUCAAUGCCCCGCUGCAAAUCCUGCUCUAGAUUCGUUCACGUUUCUCAAAGAAGAAUCCGCUCCUAGUACCAAGUCAGCCUACAACUGUGUUGUUUGCGGUGCUGAAUUCGCACACGCUAUUACCUUACAAGAGCACGCUGUCGAACAUGCGAAUGCUUUGAGCUCGUGCCGAUGUGAUAUAUGCGAUAAAACUUUCAUCCAAGAAUCGUAUCUCAAGAUGCAUAUGGCCACGCAUACCGAACUAAGACCACACGGGUGCGAUAUAUGUGGUAAAGCUUUCAAGAGUUUGUCUCAUCUGAAAAAUCACAUCUCCAUACAUUCGGGAAUUAAACCGUAUUCUUGCACCACUUGUGGUAAAACUUUCUUAAAGCAUUCUUCGUUGAGACGCCAUCAAACCAUUCACGAUCGCGUUAAUCCGGUCGUUUGUACUACUUGCAAUAAAACUUUCCUCAAUCAAGAAUACCUCAGGAAGCACAGUGUAACGCAUCCUACGUAAUUCAAUUCCCAAUGUAAAAGUGAUAACUUAAAUGUAAGCUUAGUUUAUCUUUUAAUAUUAUAAAAAGUUACCAAAUGCCAUUUGGACGGAUAAUUUCAAGUGUGAUUGUAUCGUUUGUGUAGGAUUUUUUAAAAAGGUUGUAUGUACAAAAUAAGCUCAUUUUUUUGUUUAAGUAAUCGUAUGCCAUAUAAAUGAUUGUAAGUUAUAACUAUUUUUAUUCAUUCGUUUGACGUGUCUAGACAGGGAUUUAGUAAUAAUAAUUAUUUACUUAAUUAUAAAAUAUUCUUGUUAUUGUAAUUUUUUCACGAUAAGAAAAAUCGAUUUCUAUGGUACCUGUUUAAAAUAAACCAUUAUUUCAUC